UUGUUCUUCUACUGUGGAUUGGCUGACUGUCGGGAGUGAAGCAUAAUACCAGUAAAAGCUGCUCCUACAAAAGUGUUCUGAAUUUCGACGCGUGUUUCGAGUGGAGGGGACAGCUGGUGAUUUAAGUCCCAGUACAGAUCAUGACUCAGUUCAGUAAUUCUAUGCGCAGCGAUUAUUCAACUGAGAGUUACUUCGGAGAUGAACUGGAAUCAUUAAGUUGGUAUCACCAUGAUUUGUCUCGACAUGCUGCUGAAGCUUUACUUCUAUCAAAUGGUAAGGAUGGGGGCUAUCUACUCCGAAAGAGCCAUGAAGGUCCCAAUUUCUAUGCCCUAUCUGUCAGGGCAAAAGAUUCUGUCAAGCACUUUCAGGUGAUACAGAAAGGCACUGGUUAUUCCUUUGGUUUCAAUGAGUUUCCAACUCUUAAGGAGUUUGUCAACCACUUUGCUAACCAGCCUCUUAUUGGAAGUGAAACAGGGACUCUUAUUGUAUUGAAAUGCCCUUAUCCUCGGCAAGUAGAGGAACCAUCUAUCUAUGAAUCUGUACGAGUGCACACAGCGAUGCAGACUGGACGCACAGAGAACGACCUAAUUGCAGAUGCACCCUCGCUUGGGACUAAGGAGGGAUAUCUUAUCAAACAAGGUGCAAUAAUCAAGAACUGGAAAACACGAUGGUUUACCUUAAAUAGGAAUGAACUAAAAUAUUUCAAAGAUAAAAUGUUUGAUGAACCAAUUCGUACCCUGGAUUUAAAAGAGUGCUCAGCUGUCCAAUUUGAUUACUCUCAAGAGAAAGUCAACUGUUUUUGCUUAGUGUUUCCUGAAAGAACCUUUUACUUGUGUGCUAAAACUGGGGUAGAAGCUGAUGAGUGGAUCAAGAUCCUACGAUGGAAACUGUCACAGAUUAAAAAGUACAGAUGACCUGAUGGAGUGGAAAUAAUACAUCUCUGGCAUGAAGAUAGAAAAACACUGAAGAAGACUGGACCCUUAAUAUGUAACAUGCUUGUGACUACAAAGAUCAUAUAGGUGUCCUCUAGCAAUUUGCUCAAGGUGUACUCAUGUCUAAUUGCUAACAGUGAAGUGUAAUUACAUUAUCCACACAUUGUAAUAUUUUUAUCUCACAAAGAAGUGCACAAAACUUUGCAUGAUGGGAGUUUCUGAUAAAAGAAACAAAAUCUUUGAAAAUCUGAUUUUUGUGAGCUCCUGUAUCCCAAAUGGAGAUUCGAUUUUGUUUUAAAUUUUUUGAAGUAUGAAAUUACUUGCAGUCUUGUAAAAUUAAAAUAUAGUACCUUUUUUGAAGAGCAUAUGCUCAUGUUUAAAUAAGAAAUGUAAAGACUGAUUUCCAGCUUCAAUAAAUAAAAGAACUGAGGUUAUGAUUUACUUGUAUAAUAUACAGUACAUUCCAUGAGAUAACAUCUUUUUUAUGACUUUGCUUAAUGUUUGAAUUUUUAACAUGGAGCAUGGUGUCUCCACAUGCAUUACAAAAAAAAAAGUUUUUACAUAUGUUAUACCAAGUACUUGUCAAAGUAGAGAACUGAACAGAGACUCCUCUACUCAGAUAUUUAAUGCCUUGUAUGUUUAUGUAUAUAUAUUUAUUUUCUAAUUCUUGUGAUUGUGCUUGAGUAAACUGGACUAUUAAGGUCUCUAAAUCUACUGAGCAGGUACUGUCAGACAAUUCCUAAUGCAAACUACCUUGCAGUGUUCUACCAGUCCCUCAACCCAUUCUACAAAGGACCAUCAAAAUAGCAAAAUAGUUUAGUACUGAUAAAGUAUAUUGGGUCCCCCUAAAUUUGAUGACUGGAGCACAAGCUAUUAUCUUGUAGAGUCUAGGCUCAGACAAGGUAAGCACCUGAUUAGGAUGUUAACCCAGGACCCCAAAUAUGGAAUAGCUUGUGAAGUAACAAAUUAUGCUAUCUAAACUCUAGUUUUUUUAAAAUACUUGGAAAUGAGAGUUAAUAAUCCAGUGUUAUUGUACACACUCUUAAGAAGAAGAAAUGCUGUAAAAUGCAAAAGCAGGACCUCUCAGGUGCAUCUUGUGUAUAUUUGUCUUGAUAUUUUAUGUAAAUGAUCUUUGUAACAAAACAAUAAAUACACACUGUUUUAAAAUUA